AUGUCCGACACGGCGUCCCUUCCGUCUGGCCUCCCAUGCUCGUCACCCUUCUAUAUUAUCAACCCAAUUUUCCUCAGCAUCGCUGGCUACAAUGUCCUCGAGCUCUUGCUGUGGAUCUUCAACACCUUCGACCGCUGGCGGGGGCUGUACUUUGGCAGCAUCCUCACCUCUACCCUCUCCCUGGCCGCAUACGUCAUAGCUCAGUCGCUGCGGACUUUCAGGACAGACUUCAGCGAGCUUCUCGCUGCCGGUUAUAUCUUUGCCUUCUCGUACACGGCUCUCUUGACGGCACAUAUCCUCGUUCUGUACUCGCGGUUACACCUCGUCCUGCACAGCUAUCGCAUCCUCCGCGGUAUUCUGAUAAUGAUCAUCGUGACUUCGGUGCUCUCCGUGCCCGCACAGCUGACGGUGACGCUGACACUGGUCAGCACGCGCCAACCGCGUCUUGCAAGGGCAGAGUACAUCCUCGAACGCAUUGUCUUUCUGGGCGCUACUGUCCGCGAGUUUGUCGUGUGCGCCAUCUACACCGUGCAGGCGUAUCGUAAUCUGCAUCCGAUCGCACAGGCAAAGGGCCGCGCGGGAAAAAGAGUAUUGGUGUAUCUCAUGGCCGUGCAGGUUGCGGCUCUAGUACUGGAUACAGGGUUUCUAGUGCAGAUCUACAUGGACCUUGCCCUUGCCGCGAACGGGUACUGUGCCCUGCUCUAUAGCAUAAAGCUCAAGAUGGAAUUUGGGGCAGGGCUAGGAGGGCGACUAUCUGACUUUCCAGGAGCAGAAGGUGCUGUCUAG